CUUAUUAAUCCAAAAAAUAUUUUUUAUAGGUUGCUUAAAUUUCGGACUUGUAACGCUAAGCCAUAACUGCAAGCGUUUCAAGUCACGGCCAGGGUCAUCGUGGCGGUACAAAGUUUCAACUUCAACGAGAUCCGCCCCGAAUUUUCUGCCGGAACCGCAGUCAUCGCGCCGGAAAGCACGAGUUUCCUACGCGACCAACAUGAAGAAUUUGGAUUCGUUUGCCGAGGACACCCGUUUGAAGUGGUGGCCAACACCCACUGGUACGGUCGGUGAAGACGGAGAGCAGGGGCAACAUCACACCGAACAAUCCGUAUCUGACAUUCCGGCGGCGAACCGAAAAGAUGCAAACCAAGAAGAACCGUACGAGAAGAUGCUAAAGCUAAGGCGGGAUCUGAGCCGAGCGGUGACGCUGCUGGAGAUGAUCAAGCGGCACGAGAAUCUCAAGCGUGAACAGCUGCACCUCAGCAUCGAGGUGUAUGAGAAGCGGUACCAGGCGCAGGACUUUGCCGGCCAGAUGUUGGCCGAGUUCGCCUCGAACUCAACCAAGGCGUCACGUCCCGCGUUCGCGCCAGUCUACUCAAACAAGUACUCGUCGCACCACAAGGCGAUGGCCGGUUGCCACUGGGUCCGGUGCGGUUGUAUACGGCGGUAGCGGUUCUUUGUCGCAGAACCAAGGUGGCGGCUGUUCGCGGAACAAACGGGAGGACGGAACUUGCCAACCUGCAGGAUGCAACCACCCCGGAAGAUGAGUACGCGUACGCCUAAACUGCGGAGCAAGUUUAGUCAAUAUUAUACGCCCAUCACGAAAGGUUUCGGAAAUCGGCCCUUGGUAUCGAAGGAAGAGAACGGACCGGACGUUACGUGCAACAUUGCGGACCUGUUGCGGAUAACCUGCCAGCUCAGUAGACACCUUUCUCUUGAUCUGGCCGAACAGAGUGACUUUAACGGGUUGGACGGCAACCGGAAACUGCUUGUGUAUGAGCAGGAUGAGCACUAGCACGGGUCGUAUCACACCUUGAAGGAUUAUUCUAGUGGUAGUGGAACGGCCGGACACACAAUCCCAAACGAAUCUUCGAGAACGCUUUUCCGGUCCCCUGACUGGACGCACUGAAUGCUACGAGACAAAAUGUUCGACCAGUACACGGUUCCGUUCUCCCAGGCGACAUAUUUGCGCCGUCGCUCUUCGUCCAGCUCGGAUAGAUCCAGCAGCAGCGGUUUCGAUUCGUCCGACUCGGACUCAAGCUCCAGCAGUUGGUCGCGGACUCGUCCUCCCGGCGGCCACCGGCGAAGAAGCGCAGUUCUAGCUCGGAUUGUGCAAGUAGCGGGACAAAGACUGACCAAGAAGUCUGAAAGAUAGCGUCGUUGGAUGGAACGAAGCGGAUCGUGACGAAGAAGGUUGCGGGGAGCACGUGACGAAGAUCCGGGUGAACGAAACAGGUUGACGAGUGCUGGAGCGCGCUCGUGUAGUUCCACUACCGACACUAUUUGUGACGGUUACGAAGCGGCAUCAAACCACGGUGACAAAUCGAAAUUUGCGCAUUUGAAGUGCUGCGAAAAU